AUGGUGGGACGGUUCCCAGGGGAGCUGCUGCCGGCUAAUAGCACCUGCACCGCCGCAGUCCCCGAUGGGCGGUAUAGAAACACAGGCGAGGUUGUGCGGAGGGCUAGCAACCCCCCACCCCCCACGUCAAACACCCUUGCUACGAAUCCUUGCAUACGGAACCCUAAUAGGACUGACCUUACUGGAAAUAUGACCUGCGACCGAAUGGACCUACGAGUAAAGCCUAACGGAACUGAAAUGUUCAGAGUUGCAACAUGGAAUGUUCUCUCAAUGAACAGAGAGGGAUCAGCUGAGCUAGUCGCAAACGAGCUUACACGUCUGAGCAUUACUGUUGCGGGCCUCACCGAAGUUCGCUGGCCUGGCACCGGCACCCACACAACAAACGACUACAGCUUUCUCUGGUCGGGCCGGGAGGACGGCCAGCAUCGCCAGGGGGUUGCUCUGGGUCUAGCCCUCUCUGCCUCUCGAGCGUUGGUCUACUGGAAACCAGUGAGCAACAGGCUCCUUCUAGCUCGCCUUCGCCACACCUUCGGCAUGAUCUCCGUCAUAGUUGCCUAUGCUCCUACCGACAUGGCGGACGAUGAGGAGAAGGACGAGUUCUACACACAGCUAGCCGCCCUUGUGUCGGACAUCUCCAGGCACGACAUCAUCUGGAUUCUCGGAGAGUUUAAUGCCACUACAGGGACUGACAGAACCGGCUUCGAGACAGCCCUGGGAUCCCACGGGAACCAAACACGCAACAACAACGGCUCCAGACUCUUAGAGUUCUGCUCCAACCACAGCCUAAGAACAGAGCGUUCCUUCUUCCCUCACAAGACCAUUCAUUGCAUGACUUGGAUCAGCAACGACGGCCACACGAGGAAAGAACUGGAUCACAUUCUCACCAGCCAGCGCUGGCAUACCUCAACAGACGUGUUUACCGCAGUGCAGUGCUGGGAAGUUCUGACCACAGACUCCUUGCCAUGA